AUGGAUCCAUUCGCAUUUUUCGUUGUUUUCGUAAUUGUUGUUAUAGUGGUUUUGUUUCUUCCACUUUUGUCUGGAAUUGGAUCAUACCGUUACAAGAAACCACAGUUUACAGGUAAAAACUUCCAAAAUAGAGAAAAGGCUCGCUCUGCUCGUGAAAAGGUUAAGGACUCUCUUAAAUUAAGCAGAGAGCAGAAUCCUGUAAAAUUUCAACUCAAAGAUGAAUUGGGGCCUGCGAGAUUUGAGAUGGACAGCAAGACCGGGUUGAAAAGACGUAAUGUUGGUGUUUACAGCAAGGAUCCUAACGAUUACGAUUACGAUGUUGAUCAAUUGAUCCAGGACGAAAUUCAAGAAGAAAAACGUGAAGAAAGGGCCAGAUACGCAAAAUUUGAAGGCAAAGAACAAGAAGAGAACGAAGCACUUGUAUAA